CGGAAAAGAAAACUAGAAAAGGGCAUUCUCGGUCUAGGGUUUAUAAGCACCUUCGCUUCCCUUCGACAAAAUAUCGGACCUUGCAGGGUUCGGUUCCAUAGUAGAACGUUGAGAAGGAUGGCUUCCAGAGACAAGGACCCAUCGGCACCGCACCAUCAUCAGCCUCUCUUAAGCAGUCUCGUUAUCCGGCCCUCCAACAGCGAUGGCGGUGCUGGCGCCGGAGGAGGCAGUGGAGGCCGUGGUGGUGAUUACGAGUCCGGCGAGGUUCACCGCGAUCCCCGUCCUCCGUAUUCCCGAUCCGAUCGAUACGCUGAUGACCCUGGAUAUAGGAUCCGUGCAGGUUCUCUCUCUCCUGUUCAUCGUAGGGAUGCAGAUCAUCGCUAUGGUUCUGAUUAUAAUCAUAUGUCUCGUAGUCGUGGAUAUGCUGGGGGAAGAGACCCUGGUAGAUAUAGAGACCCUUCACCCCCAUAUGGCCGAGGAAGACCUGGUGGCAGGCCAAUGGGUAGAGCUUUUGAUGGAUCUGGCUAUGGUGCUGGGCCAGUCAGAGGGGAAGGCAUUGGUAGAAACAAUCCUAAUGUGCGUCCCAGGGAGGGAGACUGGUUCUGUCCUGAUCCUCUAUGUGGCAAUCUUAACUUUGCAAGGCGGGACUACUGUAAUAACUGUAAUAGGUAUCGUCAUGCACCUGUUGAAAGUCCACGUAGGGGUUAUCCUGGUCCGCCACCACCGCUUCAUGCUCCUCCUAGACGGUUCCCUGGACUUCCUGUGGACCGCUCCCCAGAAAGGACCCUAAAUGGUUAUAGGUCUCCUCCUCAUGGCUUGGGAAGGGACGGGCCUAGAGAUUAUGGAUCUGCUGCUAUGGCUCCCCUCAGGAAUGAAGGCAGGUUUCCAGAUGGUAUGCGGAGAGAGCGGAUGGAUUAUAUUGAUGAUGCCUAUAGGAGAAACAAAUUUGAUAGGCCACCGCCAGUUGACUGGGAUCACAGGGAUCGUGGCAGAGAAGGUUUCACCAAUGAAAGGAGAAGAUUUGACAGGAGGCCACUAUCACCCCCUGCACCUCUGUUACCGACACUUCCUCCUCAGCGUGGUCGGUGGGCACGUGAUGUGAGACAAAGGAGCCGCUCUCCAAUUAGGGGUGGUCCACCACCUAAAGAGAUGUACAUGGAUCGUGUAAGAGAUGAUCGUAGAGGUGGACUGGAUGAUCGUCGGAGGGACAGAAUUGGAGGAAUGUAUUAGCUAGGUUCUGUGAUGUGUGAUAAGAGAUUUAGCUUCAAUAGAUGUGGAUAUCUAUUAGAGGUUGAUGGUUCCUUUUUAUGGUCGCUCUGAGAAACAGUUUCAAAAGUAAUCCUUUUUUUGGUUUGGCAUUUUAACAUUAAAAUGUUUACGGUUUAUGCUAUGUCUGCUUGUUUUUCCUCCCAAUGAAUGCUCUCUUCAGGUUCGUGACUGCAUAUGAAAUUUGGAAAUGGAAAUUCAACUUGCUGCUUGUGAAAUUUGACUCCAAAAUUUAGCCAGAAACGUGUGUGAUUUGUGGCGGAUAUCUGGCCUCUGUUGGACUAGUCUUUUUGGACGCAAAUAAACUGUCCUAAGAGAGCCAAUUUUUUUUACCUGGGCAUCCUGAAUUGGAAUUUCUACAGAUUUUGAGGACAAAAAGUCGAGCUAAACUGCUUGAAAGCGAGUAGGAUUGAGACCAUGAUUUGUCACAAGUAUGGUGAACUUGGUGCUAUUAGGUCACAAGGCCGUCAGAUUUCUAUGCAUUUCAUUUCAGUUCCGCUGAGGGAUGUUGCGCAUGCGUUGUCCAACACUCAACAAAGGGGAUUAUGUAGGAAUGGGUUGUCCGUGUGGCCUGCAAGCUAGAGCCCCUGCCAUUUGGUCUAUUGAUACUGUAUGUAGGAAUGGGUUGUCCGUAAAGACAGUUCUAAAUCUACAUGAUCAGUCUAUUGAUAAUGGGUUUUCUAUUUUUUGGAGUCCUGAGCAAAUGAUCCUAGUUGAAUUAUUGAUGAUCA